CCAAGUUGCAAACAUGUGUCUUUUUACAGGACACAUUCAGAAUCACAGAGAAUCCUACCUGAGGCAACUCGCGCAAGGGAAAACGUAUUUUACUUCCUAUGGAAAACAACACAAAAUUAUGCUAUGUGUAUACAAGUAAAAAUUACAUUUUUUCCUCUGCAUUAAUUCAUGUUACUAUUGUUAGGACAUUUCAUUUCAUGACAGUGUUUGAAUUCACGACAGAAACUGAACUAUCGAAUUCAUUUUCUUAUCUCACAAAGGUCAGAGUCAGAUGAUAGCUGCCUGCUGCCCUGACGUAAGGACCCGGUCCGGUCUGGGUGGUCCUGAGGCUGGAACAAAGAUGAGGUUAGGCGACACUCGAGUGCGUGUGUCAUAAAGAACCAGCACUCAGCACAAGAACCAUUUUUCUUCCCGCUGUGCCGGCUGUACUUUUGCCCCUGCGAAUUAUCCAUGGGUUCUCCCCACCACACACCCGCCGGGUUCAUGGGUGGUCCGGCGUGUGGCUAACUGCAGGAGCACCACUGAAUAUGCAGGGCGGCGAUGAUGUCUGGUUGGCGGGAUUCGGCGCGGGAAUCUGCGCUGUUCCACCCGCACACCGUUCUACGGCAGCUCAACGCCUUCCGCCACCACAACCUGCACUGUGAUGUCACCAUCAACGUGGCAGGAACUAGGUUCAGAUGCCAUCGCGCCGUUCUGGCCGCCAACAGCGUGUUCUUCCACCACCUGUUGUUGCCCGGCGACAGCAGCGUGUUGCCUAGCAACAGGGAGCAGUGCUACCACCUGGAGUGGAUGGGGGCCCCCACCUUCUCCGCCCUUCUGCAGUACAUGUACACCUCCCAGCUGUUCCUGUCUGACGAGCGCACAGCGCGGGAACUGCUGCACGGGGCGCGCCGCGUCGGCCUGCUGGCGCUCGGGGACCUCGUGGCGGACUACCUGCUCGACACCGACACCGGCGAGGACCGGGCCGAACCAAGCGAUGGAGAGGAGGGGGGAGAUCCUCCCUCCGGUAACGUUGUGGGGGAGGGGGGCGACCUUCCCUCUGGUGAUGAUGUGGGGGAGGGGGGCGCACCUGUAGAGGUGACGGAGAAGGAAGAUCCAACAUUCAAGCUGGAGAUUCUGGAGCCUGUGGACACACAGCACCAGGAGCCUGCAGAACCAGGCUAUAACUGGGGAUCUGAGGAUGCCCUUCCUCAGGAGCCUGCAGACAAACAGCCUCAGGGGCCUGCAGACCUAGGCUGCAAAUUGAACACUGUUCCUCAGGAGCCUGCAGAACCAGGAUAUAACAUUGGGUCAGUAAAUGUGCAGCCUCAGGAGCCUGCAGACAAACAGCCUCAGGAGCCUGCAGACCAAGGCUAUAACAUUGGGACAGUAAAUGUGCAGCCUCAGGAGCCUGCAAGCCCAGGCUGUAUGCUGGACAAUGUUCCUCAGGAGCCUGCAUCAAAGGCUGUAACAGAGGUUCCAUCAGAGGUUCCAUCGGAAGCUGCAGAAGCAGUGGAGGAGACUGAUCAAAUGGACCAGGUCAUGACCUGUCUGCAGAACCUGUCCCAAAUGUUCUCCACCAAUGGCAGGCAGGAGCUCGAUCUGGUGACAGCAAACAGCAGUGACCAUAUAAGGCAUGACAGCAGCUGUGUGCUCCAAUCAGCACCCUGCAGGCCUCCUGCGGUCGGUCAGGGGCAGCAAAGACCAGGGAACGCUAAAGAGCAAAGGUUAGGGAACUCUGAUGACCUUAAUGAGGAAAGGUUAGGGAACUCUGAUGACCUUAAUGAGGAAAGGUUAGGGAACUCUGAUGACUUUAAUGAGGAAAGGUUAGGGAACUCUGAUGACUCUAAAGAGCAAAGGUUAGGGAACUCUGAUGACUCUGAAGAGCAAAGGUUAGGGAACUCUGAUGACCCUGAAGGGCAAAGGUUGGAGAAGUUUGAAGAGCCAAUCAGAAAGAGAGGCAGGAUGGAGGAGGAGUGGUCUCAUUGUCAGGAAGUCUGGAGCGCCAGGAAACGGCCACAGAGACGUCAUGUCUGCCAUCAGACUCAGAACCGGAAGGAAAAUAUGAAAAGCCUCCCACUGAAGGUUCCCAGGCAGUGUCCCGACUGUCGGCAGACGUCUCACCGCUGGAAAGACUGGUCCAGACACUGCCACAGACACCAGAUCCGUAAAGGCCACAUAGACAGACGUAUAUACAGGCAUUUAGUCCAGAAAUAUAGAGUUCCCUUCAGAUGUACCAAGUGUGAAAGUUAGAAUGUUUAUCUGAAAUGAUGUAGAUCUCGAGGUAUAUUGAACCCAGCAGCAGUUGAGAAAGUAGAUAAAGACUCUGUUAUACACAGAGAUAAAACAGAAGGUUGGACUGAUGUGAAAUUUUGUAAGUCAAUACUCAGUUGAUGUCGCAUGUCUAUAGUAGUUCAUAGUUAGACUAUUGUAAUGCAUGGUCACAUGUUGUAAUGAUAUGUGGUUUGUUUGUUGCAUGUCAUGUUGUGUUGUUAAUUGUUGCUGAUGAAUGUGGAGAUGACACACUGCGCAGGAAAGUGUGGAAUGGGUCAGAAGGACGUAAGGGUCCUUCCUAAUGUGUUUAGUUUUGACUGCUACUUUGGCAAAUUACGAUUGUUUGUAAAAUAUCCUAUACAAAUAUCAGGUGAUUCCCACCCCUGAACAAUUCGUCAUGGUCAAAAUUGUUGUGUAGCAAUAAAUUAGUUACGAUAGAUGCUGUAGCUGCCUGUUAGAGCAAUCGUUUGGGGUGUUGUACAAAGAUUUUAUUCUCGCAAUUUAUGCGACACCACUUCUACAGGCAGUAGUUUUGCUGCAGCCACAAGUUUGCACAAGUUGUUUGUGGAGUACUGGUGGUGUCUCAGUAGAUUACCUCAUCAGUAGAGCAUGUAAAAUAAACGUUGAAACGUUGAGCAGAAAU